AUGGAGCUCCUCUGUAAUAAGACGCUCGUCACAGCUGCGUGUUUGAAUGGUACGGCGGCGGCGGAGGCUGGUGGUGGUGGUGUUUUGCCAGAGUCGAUGCUCCAGCUUCAUAUUGUUGUUCCUGCGGUUACGGUGCUUGGGUUGAUUGUUUUGGGGACGUUGAUGGGGAUGGUUUUGUUUUUUUGGAGGAGGAAGUACGCGCUGGCGGAGGAGGGGGGGGAUAAGAAGGGGGGGAAGUGGUGGGUGGAUAGUGAGAGUGGGAGUGAGAGGGGUGGUAGUGUGACGAUGAAGACACAACAACAAGAGGAACAGGGGAGAAGAGAGGUGGUGAAGCAGGGGGGGAGGACUGAGGAUAAGGAGUUGCCGCCGCCACCACUGAACCCACCAGUACCACGAGUGCCGUCGGAAGUGGUAUUAUCACCACCACCACCACUACCUAGCCCAACUUCCCAGAGACCAAACAACAUAAGGUCUCUAAUCCCCCCUCCGCGACCGUACAGAGCUCCCAAUCGGAACACCUACCCCAACCAAGCGCUCCAACCACCCCCUCAGCAUGGUUACGCCCAGCUACGGAGCUUGACACAAUCAGCCUCGCAGCCAGAGAUGAGGCAGCAACCGCACCAUAGCGUUCAAGCAAGUCUGUCGAAAGAGCGGUGCUUGACGCAGUCAACAUCUCAGCCGGAGAUGCGCCAGAGGGAAAGGGAGAAGAAUACGGUGCUAGUGACGAGGUUGGAAUACAACCACCCAGAUGAACAGAGGGCAGCAGCGUCCAAGUGGGAGAGGCCUGGGCUGGGGCUGGGGCUGGGGUUGGGGAUACCAAGGCAGAGUUUUGACGGGGAGAAGGGGAAGGAAAGGGAGAGGUUGUUGGUGAGGAGUAGUAGGAGGUUUUCGGUUUCGCAGAACUUUUAA